AUGCGCGCUGGCCGCGGUUUCGCGCGCUCUGCUCUUGACCACGACGUCGACCUUGAAGCACGCCAUUACCGCCCCAUGCCUGCGACCAAACAGUACUCUGCGCCUUGUGUCCUCCACGUGAAGGCCUCGCAACUCCGACCGACGUACCCGGCAUCUACUACUAGGCUUGCGCCGCCCCGCGAACUAGGAAGGUGUAAUAGUGUGCAUGUACCGCCCAGUGACUGA